AUGAGGCACUCUUCCCCUGGAAAGAACGCAGUCAUGCAGCUGAAUAUGGGCGAGGGGAAAUCUUCAGUCAUCGUCCCUAUGGUAGUGGCGGAUUUUGCGAAUGGAUCUUGUCUAGCUCGCGUAUUUGUGGCCAAACCGCAGUCCCGACAAAUGUUUCAAAUGCUGGUCACGAAGCUGGGUGGUCUCUUGGGUCGGCGUGUUUAUCACAUGCCUAUUGCACGCUCUCUGAAACUUGGAGAAGCGGAAGCAGACGAAAUUGAACGCAUGUGCAAGGAAUGUAUUUCUCAAGGCGGUGUUUUGCUUGUUCAACCUGAGCAUAUGCUAUCAUUGAAGUUGAUGUGCCACGAAUGCUUAAUAGCCGGUAAAUCCGCCGUGGGACGUUCUCUACUUCGCACUUUGCAGCUGUUUGAAAAUCAUGCCCGUGACAUUGUGGACGAGAGUGAUGAGAAUUUCAGCGUCAAGUUUGAAUUGAUCUAUACCAUGGGAGUUCAGCGGCCCGUUGAACUCAGCCCACAACGGUGGGUUAUGAUACAAGAGCUACUGUAUCUGGUACGACAGUAUGCUAGUCGUGUUCGCUCCGAAUUCCCCGAAUCUAUUGAGGUGAACGAGCAAUUGGGGAAUGGCUUUCCACGAGUACGCUUGCUCAAUCAUGAUGCCGAAGAGGCUCUGAUUGGAUAUAUCGGGAGGCACAUAUGUGAGAAUGGGUUUGGAUCUCUAUCGAUAUCGCGGCAGGCUCAGCCCAUUCGAGAUGCUGUGUCGAAUUACAUUAUGGAACCCGACCUCACAGCAGAGCAGAUUGCUGCAGUUGAGUCAGAAGACACCGCAGGGUUUUGGGGUGAAAGCACACGAGCUUCCCUCCUUUUAACGCGGGGUCUGCUAGCUGGGGGCAUUCUGGCCUUCUGUUUGGGUCAGAAGAGAUGGCGCGUCAACUAUGGGCCUGAUCCGAGCCGGAAUCCAUCCACAAGGCUUUGUGUACCAUACCGAGCCAAGGAUAACCCUUCACUUCGUUCAGAAUUCAGCCACCCUGAUGUGGUGAUUAUGCUGACGUGUCUAAAUUAUUACUAUGCCGGACUCAGCAACGACGAUAUAUCCCUUGCCUUCAAUCAUUUGGUCAAGUCGGACCAGGCAGAUGCUGAGUACCGAGCGUGGGUCGACAGUUCUUUUGAGCUUCCACACACCUACCACCAGCUUGUGGGUGUCAACCUGGAUGAUCGGUCUCAUUUUACCGAUCAAAUUUCCCCUGCUCUGCGAUUCUCGAAAGCUACUAUAGACUACUUUUUGACACACAUUGUCUUCCCCAAAGAGAUGAAAGAAUUCCCCGACAAGCUGUCUGCAUCUGGCUGGGAUAUUGGUGAGAUCAGGGUAAACCCUACGGUAGGAUUCAGUGGGACGAAUGAUUCACGGGAGACUCUACCGCUGAGUGUCUCUCAGCUCGAUCUACCGGAGCAAAACCACACGAACGCAUUGGUGCUUGAAUAUUUGUUACGGAACGAGAAUUCGGUGGCCUACAUCCCGCAGCACGCGCAGCCAUGCAAAUCAGAUGCCCAGACAAUCCUGGAUCUGGUUCUGGGUCUGGAUCCUCCGGCUCAGGUGAUUCUGGACGUGGGUGCACAGAUACUGGAGCUCAGUAAUCACGACGUGGCGGCGCACUGGCUUAGCAUGCUCACAAAACAAGGGUCAAUCCAAGCAGUUGUCUUCGUGAACCAAAACGACGAGAUCUGCGUCCUAGAUCGAAGUGGACGUGUGGAACUCUUGCAAAUAUCACCUUUUGCACGACGGAUGGAGGCGUGCUUUGUCUUCCUUGACGAAGCACAUACAAGGGGAAUUGAUUUGAAGCUCCCGACCAAUUAUCGUGCGGCAGUCACCCUCGGUCCCGGCAUCACGAAAGACAAAUUGGUGCAAGCGUGUAUGAGAAUGAGGAAAUUGGGCAAGGGACAGUCUGUUGUAUUCUGCGUUCCCAAAGAGGUCGAGUCAAAUAUCCUGGCCUUGCGUGGCAAAGAUUCGAACUCACAUAUCGAUGUCUCGGACGUCCUUCUGUGGGCUGUUUCUGAAACUUGGAGUGAUAUCAGGCGCAGUGUGCCCCUUUGGGCGGUUCAGGGCACCCGUUUCGAGCGCCAACAGGAACUGUGGCAAUCCUAUCGUCAAAGCGAGAACCUGACUUCGACAGAAGCCGAACAGUUCCUCGAGCCUGAAUGCCAAAGUCUUGAACAGCGUUAUCGUCCUGGCCACCAAAAGAAACCUAGCUGCGAAUACCUUUCUAGUGAAAAUGAGACUCUGAAAUUGAUAGGGGAGCACUGCCGGAAAUUCGAAGGUCUCGACACUGGCUUAUCCACCCUUCUGGAGGAACAGGAGCGCGAACUCGCGCCUGAGAUUGAAAGCGAGCGUCAGGUACAGAGGCCUCCGGGUGCCACCCCUGCACCACAUCAAAUUCAUCCACAUAUUGCUUCAUUUGUCGUCAGGGGGGUCCUUGAGAAGCCUUCCAAGGCUUACAGGCCCGCGUACCACACGCUGCACAACACCUCUGCAGCCUCGUUCCUGGAUGUAUCGCAAUUUCCGUCCAGUCUCCUAGCUACCAAAGACUUUUUCAAUACGAUCAAAGUGCCCUCUGGCUCGACUUUUAUUGCUGAUGCUUUCCAACGGCCUGUCAGGUGGGUCCUGGUGAGUAGGAAUAUGGCACACGUGAUGAUUAUCAGCCCCUUCGAGGCCAAUAUUUUGAUGCCCGAGAUACGUGAAUCAGAAUUCGUCAGUCUUCAUUUAUAUGCGCCACGCCAAAGCCAAGGAUUCGCCUCAUUAGAUAGACUCACGUUAUACACUGUCCCUGAAGACGUUGACAGGGGCACAAUGCCUGAUUUGUUUCGGAUACAGCUCAACCUCUUUUCUGGACAGUUGUACCUCGAAUCAUACUCUGAGUACACAAGUCUUUGUGAGUUUCUAGGAGUAGCUUCUGUGAAGACGCCACCCGGAUUCGUUGUCGCUGCGGAUGGUUUUAUCAAGCAAGGUAUCCUGGGAGCGAAGAAAAUCUUCAGCGAAAGCCCGCUCAAGUUCCUCGAAGUGCUUAUGUCCCAGAUUAGAAAGGACUGCCAGGAGAUUGGCCGGACACACCUUGGAAAAAUCGUCGGUGGCCACUUGCUAUUUCCGCUCGACUUCCAGGAAUCAGCGAUAGCAUCCAUCGAGGCGGAUCUUGAGACACUGGAAAUAUGA